CGAGAGAAAAGCUGCGAAACCAAAACAUUUUGACUGGUUGUGCAUACAAGUCAUCCCAACUCCCCCAAUCGUCAGCAGUUUAGUUUUUGUUACGUCGCAAACAAAACGAGAAUUGCGUUAUUUUUCCGGAAGAAAAACGCUGCGAGUUGUAUACAUACUGUAUUUUCGAAUUUAGCUGAAUAUUCGUGAAAAAGUGAAUGAUUUUUUCAUGUGUUUGGUGUCCGAAAUCGUGAAGUGAUUCAUUGCAGAAUGAAAGUCGAUAGAAAUUAAUAAAAAUGAUAUUGUGAAAGCGAAGGUGCUAGCAAUAAUGGUGAAUACUUAACCCAGAAACCCUUUGUCCCGUUUGGAGUGUGUUUAGUCCAUUGCAGCGAAAAAUUAUGUGCAUUCCCAAGCUGCACGGGUUCUGCUCCCAGUGGCGAAGCUGGUUCCGACCGCUGCUGUUUGUGAUAUACGCGCUAUUCGUCCUAAUCGUACUACCGUUGCUGAUCGUCAACUCGGUCAAGGAUGGCUUCAGCCGCAAGGAUCAGCUUAUUCUCAUUGGUGGCCUGUUUGUGUUGGCAGCCAUUCCCAUCUCGAUCAGGCAAAUUACACAACAUAUUGUGCAUUUAACUCAGCCAGUCUUGCAGAAACACAUUAUCAGGAUCUUGUGGAUGGUGCCUAUCUACGCUUUGAAUGCGUGGCUCUGCCUGAUCUUCCCACAGCACGCCAUUUACAUGGACAGUAUUCGGGAGUGUUACGAAGCGUACGUAAUAUACAACUUUAUGAAGUACCUGCUCAACUAUCUCAACCUCGAGAUGGACCUAGAGCGAACGCUGGAAUACAAACCGCCCGUGAAGCACAUUUUUCCCCUAUGCUGUUUGGCACCGUGGCCUCCGGGAAGGGAAUUUGUACAUAACUGCAAACAUGGCAUCCUGCAGUACACGGUGGUACGACCGAUAACCACCUUCGUGGCUUACAUUUGUGAAGUGAAUGGUGUCUACGGGGAAGGACUCUUCGAAACGGAUGUGGCAUUUUUGUACAUAGUUGUCAUCAAUAAUUGUUCCCAAUUUAUUGCCAUGUACUGCCUGGUGCUGUUCUAUAAGGCCAACAAGCAUGAGUUAAGACAGAUGCAGCCCUUUCGUAAAUUUCUGUGUAUUAAGACAGUGAUCUUUUUCUCAUUUUUCCAAGGGGUAACCAUCUACUUACUAGUGUAUUAUGGUGUCAUCAAAGACGUUUUCGGUUCGGAAAGCAACGACGAUCCUAAGUUGCUAUCCUCGAAACUGCAGAAUUUUCUCAUUUGUAUCGAAAUGUUCUUUGCCGCUCUGGCUCAUCACUACAGUUUCUCGCAUAAACCUUACGAACGGAAUAUUCCGUUGAAUAUCAUGAAUAGCAGCAUCAAUGGAAACAACAGUGGAUCGUGGUAUAGCGGAUUGUUGAACAUGCUGGACAUUUCCGACGUGCACCAAGACGUCAGUGAACAUUUGGGUGUGGUGGGCAGUUCACUGAGCAGGCGGUUACGGGGCAGAACAACUUAUCAAACGCCACGUGGUGGCAGCGGAAUGUGUGAUAUCGUUGGUAGUUCAGAGCGGGAGUACUUGGUACAACCGGCGGGUGGUUCGGGUAGUUUAAGUACAGGUCACUGCUAUCAAAGUGGAAUGAGCCAUUCAAGCAAUCAGAUGUAUUCCAAUCUUCCCAAAUCGGCGCAACAUCGCUAUGGCACACUGGACAGUGGGAUUAGCAUUGUAAAACCGAAGAUCGAUAAACUAGUGGAAACACCCAACGAAGGGGCUCCCAAAACGGCGAGCAUUUUCGGUCAGCUUAAAAACACUAAAAACUUGAAUCUUAUGCUGGCUAGAACACCCAGUUUGGACAAUCUGAACUCGAUCAAGAGUGAAGUGACUACCUCGAGUAGUUCCAAUCAGAAAGCGUUGGCCACCACUGCCAGUGGCCGAACGUCGGCCAACACAACGAACAAUACGACAUCCACUUCGGAUUCCAAUCUGAGAAAGUCGGAGAGCAAUAAUAGCGACUGGUUAAGCACACCGGACGACGAACUGGGAAUCGAUGUGAAAGGACUAGGUAACGAUCGGAUAAACUAUCAUCCGGAGCGGAGGGCGUAAGUAGAUCUAAUUAGUUACUAUUUAUAAUGGCAAAUCUUAUACAUAUAUACAAAUAUUGCGAUCAAGUUACUCAUUUUUGCGGUUUGGUACACGUUUCCAACAAAUGCCAAAUAGGAAUGAACUUUUGUUCUCGAGUCUUUGUUGGGCCCAUAUUAUUGGCUCGAAUCAAAACUCGUCGAAAUGUCAAUUGACGAUAGGUUCAUCCGGAGUGUUCAUUUGUGUUUACAUUUUGCUAGCGUUGCCAAUUUUAUUUUGUGUCCAGCACCCAAUGUGGCUACGCCACAUCGCUUUUGCGCGUGCUGUCCGACUUCGCUACCGCUCAGUCGGACUUAAACUAGGGAUAGCCCCUAUGUUUGAGUAAGCCGGGCAAACGAGUGGAUCACAGGUUCGCUUGCUUCCGACGGCGGGUCGGUGGCCACCUCGCCCUCUAGGCCUCGGUUAUGCGGCUAAGCCGCAUCGAAAUGGUACCCCUUAAACAUUCUAACUUGAAUCGGUUGUGUCACCGGAGCCGGAAUACGAAUUAGAACCAGCCAGCAUUCCGGCUGUGUUAAACUGGGAAGUUUAGUACAAUUUGAUCUGGAAAUAAAAUUUUUCUGGCAACGCUCCAGCACUCCGUUGAUUUCACCACCUGGGCGCCAGGUUGACGAUAUGAAAUGAACUUUGUUUACUUUCGACAAGUUUUGAUUCGAGCCAACAACAUCCAGCCGUCUUUGUUUAGUCAAUAACUAUUACACGUUUAUUUUUAAAUAUCAAUAGGUCGAUUAUUUAAGAUUCUGCUGCUGUAAAUAUACAUACAAAAAUUACAAGUUUUCCAAAAUUUAUAUCCAGAAGAGUGCACAUUCGGUGCUGGCGAAAAAAAAUAUAACCGUAGAUAUUUUUGAACUGCGCAAUUGAAUGUAAAUAUAUAGCGUUUCCUUUCCGAUCAGUACAAUGUUUAGAUUUUUUGCUAGCCCGCAAACAAACUUAUUCCAAUGAAACUGCCACUAUCAAAAUAACCUAAGCUUGUUUCGAAGAGAUUGAAGAUUUUAGGCUUUACCCCAAAAUCUGAGUUAUAAUAAAUAAUUCAAUACGAUCAGCAGUAUAACAAACAGUGUUGUCAGAUAUGCGUUGACAUUGUUGCUACCGUAUGGGUUAGGGUUGGGCAAAAAAGUGCUCGCCUGAAAAAUAAUUCAGAUUCUAAUCAUUUUGCUGAGAAAAAAUCUCAGGUUUUAUUUAAUUAUCACAAUUUGGAAACCUGAAAGAAAAUUUCUAAAAUUUAAUUUUAGCUCAAACCGGUCGUUUCAUCUGAGCCGGAAUUUUUACAAAAUCGCUUGUUUCACUUGAAUCAAAAUUCCGUCGAAAAAUGGCCGGUCAACCUCAGUAAACCUAGCCGGAAUUCAGGGGUAUAAUAAGAUAAAUCUUGGUAAACCGCCUUGAAGCUAGUUUCCAUGGCAUAAGUCGAAAACACAGUUUUUUCACUCAACAAUGGGUUAAAUAAACCCAAUUUUAAGUACACCUCGAACAACUCAUCAGUACCUUCUUGAACGGAAGAUCUCGAUUGAAUCGAAUCUCUCGUCACGUUUCGGAUUACAUUAAUUAAGGCGAAUGAACACCCAAAGUAUCCAAAUUUAGAUUAAAUUUAUGUUGAUUGAUUAUUCCAUGUCUGUAAAGUGUCACUAAUUGGAAAGGAAACCCAUGUAAAAGAGCUUGCGAACAAAUCACUAAAUAUGAUACACACUCGCGUACUGCUUUAGCGUAUAGGUAACAACAGAAACAUUAUAGUGAAUCUAGCCGUAAGUCUACCCAAGUCGAUAUUAAAACUGGAUGAAACUUUUUUAGUAUUGUUAUUCUUUGUGAUUUUUUUGAAAUUAUAAUUUUACUUAGUUAAUCGUACUGUAAAAAAUAGAAACAAUAGUUGAAACACGUCACGCUUUUAGAGAAAGGUGUGUUUAAAGGACAGAUGACCGCGUAUCGAUAGACACAUUUAUUGUUUUAGAUGGCAGAAUAAAGUUAAUUUGUGACGGUUUUUAUGCGAUAUAGUUAAAAAAUGACUUAAGUGGUCGCAUUUUCUGAGUUAACACAUAUAUUUAUCACGCGAAUGAUUGCUUGGAAUAUAUAAAGGAUAAUUUGAA